AACAGGGUCUCCGCUCGGAAUCCGCCCGCCCGCACGCGGUAGCAUCGUUCCAGGCAGGAGCCCGCGAUAGAGGCGCGAGAGCAACCAGAGACGCCCAUCUUCUCCCCAUCCCCCAUCUCCGCGCUCUCCCCGCCUCAUCCAACGCGCAUGCGCACAAGGCACGCUUCAAUCGAUCCCCGGCGAAAGACACACUCGGGCGAGCGGCCGCCGUGAAGCUACCGUCGUGGGACCACGCCGACCGACUGCUCUGUCGUCGAGGUGGAAAGACGCCGGUAACCAUCCGUCGUUUACCCUGGACGCGUCCCCGUAGCUGGGAAGAGCCAUGGCCAACCGAAGUGGCGGUGGCUCGGGCGACCUUAACAUCCACCGGAUCCCAGACAAGUACCUCGGUUACAUCAUGCACUUCAUGCUCAAGUUCAGCAACGACACGUCGGAGUUCAACAAGCCCCAACUGCGGAAAACGUUCCGCUCUUCGUACCCCCUUUUCUUGGUCCUGUACGGCUCCCUCUUCGUGUCGUCCCUCAUCGCCAACGUCUGGAUGGUGCUACACUUCUACCGGGAAAAGCGUCCCAGGGAAUCCCUGUGCGCAUACCUUUUCGCCAACGCCCUCAACGAUAUCUUCAAGCUGCUCGUGGUAAUGCCCAUCUCGCUGGUGACCCUAUUCCUCCACAACUGGGUGCUCGGAAGCUUCCUCUGCUUCGCGUCACCCAUCGUCCAAGACUUCCCUUUCUACCUGACCCUCCUGACGCUCGUGGCUAUCGCCUGCGACCGCUAUCGGUACGCCAUGAACCCGCUCAAGCGACGGAUACCGCCGCUCCUGUGCCUGGCGGGAGUGUGCCUGGUGGCGGGCAUCCUCACCCUCCCGUACGCCGCGUACACCAAGUUCAUCGACCUGGAGCAGUACCUGGGACACCAGUUCGAAGGGACGGGCAUCUGCGCCAUCAACCUGACGGACAACAUCGAGGAGUACAUCCGCGGUCUGUUCAUCGUCCUGUACGCGCUGCCCGUGGCGCUGGUUCUUUAUCUGCACGUCAAGGUUUCGGUCGAGAUCAAGACGCAGACGUCCGAGUCCCUCGCGCUGAGUGCGACUAACCGGCGCGAAAGCAAUGGCGAAGAAGCAUCCGUCUGUUCGGUGGCAUCGUCCAUGGUCCCGGAGUCGGUACACAGCACUCGCUCGGCCACCGUCUUCCCGGUUGCCACCAGGGAAACGGCCCGCAGCAAGUCUUCGAGGGCGUCGUCCACAGUCUGCAAAGAAUCGCCAGAGGACGCCGUUGACUGGUCCAAAGAGCGGCGCACGCAGAACACAGUCCUAAUGAUGGUCACUGUGUAUGCCGUCUGCCUUCUGCCCCUUAACAUCCUGCGUCUCAUCGUCCACGUCGUGCAUGAGGGCCCGGAGCAGAGCGUGCACUUUGACCUGUCCUUUGCCUUCGCCGUGCUCAUCGCCUUUCUGCCGACCCUGGCCACGCCUUACUUGUUUCGGGUAUGGUACCUCAGCACGCGGCCGGCCGUGGACGCCUGCCAGUACCGCAAGCUGCGCCGCACAUCUGGAACGUCCAGUGUGGGAAACAAGCAUCGGAACAAUUCUAGGGCCUGAGUUCUGCUCUUGAAACCAGCCUUCGACGCAAAGUACCGUGUGCUUCUUCGAGCCCGGCGGUUCGAAAACCUCCACCAAGAGACGUUGAUGGAAGUGUAAACACCCUCGUCUGUCGAGGCUCGUGUUACGAGUCUCAAAUUUCUGGCCGUGCACGACGACAGUCCGAUGUGUUUUUUUUAUUGAUCGUAAGAUGAACGUUCUCUGAGUGCUCAAUUUAAAAUUUUACAGCACGAAUUGCCGACACUAAAGCUGGUCUUUUUUGUUUGAGUGUUUAUAAAACUUGCCGUGAAAACCA